CGGUCGUACCAGAGAAAUUGAAGAGGAGGGAUGUUGGGAGCCACCCUGUACAAGCCUUGACAGAGUUCGUCAUGCGCCCGAUGUUAGGCGACCGUAUGCGUGAAAGCACGAUCGACGCUCUUCGGGAUAGAGAGAUCGCUCUCUUCUCUCCCGACCGGCUAAGGCAAAGGACGUAUCGUUUGGUCCGUGUGUAAAAUAUUACAUUAUAUUAAUAAAAGUUAUUGUUGUAGAUCGAAGAUACAAAAGUGGCGACGAGAAUAAUUCUGGCGAGCUGUUUCCCGUGAUUUUAUCGAUUUUGAUUUCUAUUUUACCCGUUUUCUGUGUAAACGGAGGAUCCGUGUCUUUGACCUGAUGGAACGAAAUGGUGAACCAUCGCCAUCGCGGAGCAGCCAUGACCCAAGCCAGCGAACCGUCACCAAUUUACCGUUGGACACGAAUGCCUUCAUCCAAGACAUAUUUAAGCAGCAGCAGGAAAUUCUUCAUCAGCAACAACAGUCCUUUUUGCAACAGCAGGAGCAGCUAAUUACUAAAGUGCUAGCUUCAAUUGGAUCGCGACAACAUGUGGGAAAUGAACACAUUAUUGAUGCCCUAGCAAAACACAUACAAGAGUUCCACUAUGAUCCGGAGGAUGCUGUUACAUUCAGUGCUUGGUUUGCGCGAUACGAAGAUCUCUUCGAAAGGGAUGCGGAACGUCUGGACGAUGCCGCGCGAGUGCGUCUUUUGUUGCGGAAGCUGGGUGCAGCGGAACACGAGCGAUAUGUAAGUCACAUUCUUCCAGCUAAACUAAAUGAUUUCGAUUUUAGAUCGACGACUGGCAAGCUGAGAAAAUUAUUCGAUUCUCCUGAAUCCGUCAUCGCCAAACGGUACCGAUGCUUGCAGAUGUGUAAAUUGCAGGAAGAAGACUACAUGACUUACUCGUGCCGCGUGAACAAGGCUGUUAUAGAAUCCGAGCUGGGAAAGUUAUCCGAAGAGGAACUAAAAUGUCUAAUUUUUGUAUGUGGUCUGAAAGACGACAGUUAUUCCGAGAUUUGCAUAAGGCUCCUAAAUCGACUAGAGGAGAAAAGCGAUAAAACGGUAACGGAUAUGGCAGAAGAGUGUAAACGGAUGGUGAACUUGAAGCGUGAUACGGCAAUGAUAGGCGAGGGAGAGAAGAGUGUGAGCAUCGUUCGUGGAUCCCGUGAGAAAUACCCUAAGAAGGAGCACCAAGCGUGGAAACAGUCGAAUAAGCCAAAUGCAAUAAAAUGCUGGCUGUGUGGCGGAGGGCACCAUGCGCGAAAGUGUUUCCACAAGUCCUAUAAGUGCAAUAAUUGCCAUAGAUACGGACACAAGGAAGGGUACUGCGAGUCAGCUAUGAGAUGGGCCAAUGGAAAGAAGCGAUGCGUGAAAUCGGUGAUCGUGAACAGGGUGAAUAGUGCUAGCCGUGGCCGUGUAAAUUUAUUUUUGAAUAACACCCAGAUCCCGAUGAUGGUAGAUACCGGAGCCGAUAUAAGCAUAAUUUCGAGCAAGCAGUGGCACGCAAUCGGUAGCCCUGCAUUAAUUCCUGCAAGCGUGAAAGCGAGGACGGCGUCUGGUGAUCCUUUACACAUUUUGGGCGAGUUCCAAUGUGAUAUAACAAUUGGCCAGCAGUGCAAGCGUUUUACAAUACGGGUGACAGAAGCUGACCUAAUGUUGCUGGGAGCGGAUUUAAUGGACACAUUUGGUCUUUGGAAUGUUCCUUUGGCAUCAAUAUGCAGUGAGAUAAAUGUCGUAGAAGCAAGCGAGAAUACGAAGACCCUGCAAAAAGUUUUUCCUGCAUUAUUUUCGUCGAAGCUAGGGCGAUGUACGAAAGGUUGUGUGAAGUUGAUGCUGAAAGAAGGAGUGACACCAGUGUUCAGACCCAAGCGACCAGUAGCGUAUGCGAUGUUGCAAGCAGUCGACGAUGAGCUUCUGAGGCUGGAAAAUGAUGGCAUUAUUACACGAGUGGAAUAUUCGGAUUGGGCAGCACCCAUUGUAGUGGUACGCAAGGCGAAUGGAACCAUCAGGAUCUGCGGAGAUUAUUCAACGGGUUUGAAUAAUGCUCUAAUGGCGCACCAGUACCCACUGCCAUUACCCGAGGAAAUUUUUUCCAACUUGAGUAAUUGUGUUGUGUUUAGCCAGAUUGACCUCUCUGAUGCAUUUUUGCAGGUGGAGGUAGAUGAAAAUCAUCGCGGACUUUUAACGGUCAACACGCAUCGAGGUUUAUUCCGAUAUAACCGUUUACCACCCGGAGUCAAGGCAGCGCCGGGAGCGUUCCAGCAGUUAAUCGACACAAUGUUAGCUGGCUUGGAUGGUGUCGCAGCAUAUAUGGACGACAUCGUAGUUGGAGGCAAGGACAUGGCAACCCAUAAUGGCAACCUGCGAGCGGUUUUGGAGAAGCUGCAAGAGUAUGGAUUUACCAUACGCGCAAACGCUUCAUCGAUUGGAUUAGGAGCUACUAUAUCGCAUAGGUGGCCGGAUGGAAAGAUAAAAGUAGUCCAACACGCAUCGCGAGCACUUACAGCAGCUGAGCAGCGUUAUAGCCAACCUGAUCGUGAAGGGCUAGCGAUUAUUUUUGCCGUCACUAAAUUUCACCGUAUGCUGUUUGGACGACAUUUUCUUCUACAAACAGACCAUCAACCAUUGCUCCGAAUCUUUGGUUCGAAAAAGGGUAUACCUGUAUAUACCGCAAACCGUCUACAGCGUUUCGCUUUGACAUUACUGCUUUAUGAUUUUGAAAUAGAGUACGUACCAACUGAGAAGUUCGGAAAUGCAGAUGUGCUAUCCCGGUUGAUGGAUAAACAUGAAAAACCGGAACAAGAUUUUAUAAUUGCCAGUAUUGAACUAGAUAAUGAUGUCGGAGCCCUUGUGAAAAAUGCAGCGAAGAGUUUACCGCUGGCAUUUGAACAUGUAGCGCGCGAGUCGCAUAACGACCCUUUGCUUCAGGUCGUGUAUAACUACAUACAAAGUGGGUGGCCAAAGAAUAUAGAUAAUGCGGAAUUGAAAUACUUCUACGCGAGACGAGAGUCCCUUUCAACAAUUGAGAAUUGUAUUUGUUUUGGAGAGCGGUUAGUGAUUCCUGCGUCGCAGCGUCGGCGGGUGCUAGAAAUGAUUCACCGUGGUCAUCCAGGAAUCGAUCGUAUGAAAGCUAUAGCACGAAGUUAUGUUUAUUGGCCAUUGAUAGACGCGGAUGUUGAGAAACUUGUAAAGUUAUGCAAAUCGUGUGCUUUAGCAGCUAAAUCGCCAAUUCAUAGCUCUCCAAUAUCAUGGCCGAAAACUGAUGCACCAUGGCAGCGUGUUCAUAUAGAUUACGCUGGACCUAUAGAUGGUGUCUACUUUCUUCUGGUGAUUGAUUCCUUUUCUAAGUGGCCUGAAAUUAUUUCGACUUCAAGUAUAUCCGCUAAUGCAACCGUCACUAUGUUGAGAGGAUUGUGUGUUAGAUUUGGCAUGCCUAACACGAUAGUGAGCGACAAUGGUAGGCAGUUUACCAGUGCAAUUUUUGCCGAUUUUUGCAACACUAAUGGAAUCGAGCAUAUGGGCAAUGGGCAAGCAGAAAGGUUUGUUGAUUCCUUUAAAAGAGCGCUCAAAAAGAUAAAGGUGGGGAAGGUGUCAUUACAGGAAGCCUUAGAUACGUUUCUCCUGACCUACAGAAGUACACCGAACAAGCAGCUAGAAGGAAUGCGUACUCCAGCAGAGGUCAUGUUUGAACGAAAAAUCCGUACUUGCUUGGAACUGCUGCGUCCCCCAGUACAAGUUGAAUCAACGAGCAGGCAGAUGCCACCCAGAAAGUUCCACGUUGGUGAAACGGUUUAUGCUAAGGAGUACCGUAAUAAUUCCUGGAGUUGGAUUCCUGGUGAGAUCACCAAACGGCGUGGAAACGUAAUGUAUGAAGUACAGAACGCAGCCGGAAAGAAGUGGCGUUCACACAUCAACCAGCUACGACCACGAUUGAAUAUCGGUACACAUACUGUCCAACCAGACGCUACGGAAACUUCAAUGGCUUUGAACAUUUUAUUGGAUGAAUGUCGAAGCACUGCUAGUGACAGCUUUACCUCGGCGGUGUUACCUCCUGGGAUUUCUGUGCCAUCGUCAUCGUCAUCGUCUUUAAUGUCAGCGUCUUCGUCAUCGUCGUAUUCGUCUUCGACGUCGUCUCCAUCGUCUUCAUCGUCAUCCCCGUCACUGUUACCUUUCAUGUCUGAAUCGUCUCCGUCCCUUUUGUUAUCGUCAAAUAAUACGGAUGUUCUAAGUUCUCCAGAUUUCGCUACAGCUGACAGUGCAUCAUCGCCUUCACCGGUGCAGCCCCUACGUCGUUCUACGCGUGUUCGAAGAUCGCCACAGUGGAUGCGGUCGUACCAGAGAAAUUGAAGAGGAGGGAUGUUGGGAGCCACCCUGUACAAGCCUUGACAGAGUUCGUCAUGCGCCCGAUGUUAGGCGACCGUAUGCGUGAAAGCACGAUCGACGCUCUUCGGGAUAGAGAGAUCGCUCUCUUCUCUCCCGACCGGCUAAGGCAAAGGACGUAUCGUUUGGUCCGUGUGUAAAAUAUUACAUUAUAUUAAUAAAAGUUAUUGUUGUAGAUCGAAGAUACAAAAGUGGCGACGAGAAUAAUUCUGGCGAGCUGUUUCCCGUGAUUUUAUCGAUUUUGAUUUCUAUUUUACCCGUUUUCUGUGUAAACGGAGGAUCCGUGUCUUUGACCUGAUGGAACGAAAUGGUGAACCAUCGCCAUCGCGGAGCAGCCAUGACCCAAGCCAGCGAACCGUCACCAAUUUACCGUUGGACACGAAUGCCUUCAUCCAAGACAUAUUUAAGCAGCAGCAGGAAAUUCUUCAUCAGCAACAACAGUCCUUUUUGCAACAGCAGGAGCAGCUAAUUACUAAAGUGCUAGCUUCAAUUGGAUCGCGACAACAUGUGGGAAAUGAACACAUUAUUGAUGCCCUAGCAAAACACAUACAAGAGUUCCACUAUGAUCCGGAGGAUGCUGUUACAUUCAGUGCUUGGUUUGCGCGAUACGAAGAUCUCUUCGAAAGGGAUGCGGAACGUCUGGACGAUGCCGCGCGAGUGCGUCUUUUGUUGCGGAAGCUGGGUGCAGCGGAACACGAGCGAUAUGUAAGUCACAUUCUUCCAGCUAAACUAAAUGAUUUCGAUUUUAGAUCGACGACUGGCAAGCUGAGAAAAUUAUUCGAUUCUCCUGAAUCCGUCAUCGCCAAACGGUACCGAUGCUUGCAGAUGUGUAAAUUGCAGGAAGAAGACUACAUGACUUACUCGUGCCGCGUGAACAAGGCUGUUAUAGAAUCCGAGCUGGGAAAGUUAUCCGAAGAGGAACUAAAAUGUCUAAUUUUUGUAUGUGGUCUGAAAGACGACAGUUAUUCCGAGAUUUGCAUAAGGCUCCUAAAUCGACUAGAGGAGAAAAGCGAUAAAACGGUAACGGAUAUGGCAGAAGAGUGUAAACGGAUGGUGAACUUGAAGCGUGAUACGGCAAUGAUAGGCGAGGGAGAGAAGAGUGUGAGCAUCGUUCGUGGAUCCCGUGAGAAAUACCCUAAGAAGGAGCACCAAGCGUGGAAACAGUCGAAUAAGCCAAAUGCAAUAAAAUGCUGGCUGUGUGGCGGAGGGCACCAUGCGCGAAAGUGUUUCCACAAGUCCUAUAAGUGCAAUAAUUGCCAUAGAUACGGACACAAGGAAGGGUACUGCGAGUCAGCUAUGAGAUGGGCCAAUGGAAAGAAGCGAUGCGUGAAAUCGGUGAUCGUGAACAGGGUGAAUAGUGCUAGCCGUGGCCGUGUAAAUUUAUUUUUGAAUAACACCCAGAUCCCGAUGAUGGUAGAUACCGGAGCCGAUAUAAGCAUAAUUUCGAGCAAGCAGUGGCACGCAAUCGGUAGCCCUGCAUUAAUUCCUGCAAGCGUGAAAGCGAGGACGGCGUCUGGUGAUCCUUUACACAUUUUGGGCGAGUUCCAAUGUGAUAUAACAAUUGGCCAGCAGUGCAAGCGUUUUACAAUACGGGUGACAGAAGCUGACCUAAUGUUGCUGGGAGCGGAUUUAAUGGACACAUUUGGUCUUUGGAAUGUUCCUUUGGCAUCAAUAUGCAGUGAGAUAAAUGUCGUAGAAGCAAGCGAGAAUACGAAGACCCUGCAAAAAGUUUUUCCUGCAUUAUUUUCGUCGAAGCUAGGGCGAUGUACGAAAGGUUGUGUGAAGUUGAUGCUGAAAGAAGGAGUGACACCAGUGUUCAGACCCAAGCGACCAGUAGCGUAUGCGAUGUUGCAAGCAGUCGACGAUGAGCUUCUGAGGCUGGAAAAUGAUGGCAUUAUUACACGAGUGGAAUAUUCGGAUUGGGCAGCACCCAUUGUAGUGGUACGCAAGGCGAAUGGAACCAUCAGGAUCUGCGGAGAUUAUUCAACGGGUUUGAAUAAUGCUCUAAUGGCGCACCAGUACCCACUGCCAUUACCCGAGGAAAUUUUUUCCAACUUGAGUAAUUGUGUUGUGUUUAGCCAGAUUGACCUCUCUGAUGCAUUUUUGCAGGUGGAGGUAGAUGAAAAUCAUCGCGGACUUUUAACGGUCAACACGCAUCGAGGUUUAUUCCGAUAUAACCGUUUACCACCCGGAGUCAAGGCAGCGCCGGGAGCGUUCCAGCAGUUAAUCGACACAAUGUUAGCUGGCUUGGAUGGUGUCGCAGCAUAUAUGGACGACAUCGUAGUUGGAGGCAAGGACAUGGCAACCCAUAAUGGCAACCUGCGAGCGGUUUUGGAGAAGCUGCAAGAGUAUGGAUUUACCAUACGCGCAAGUAAGUGCAAUUUUUAUAAAUCCCAGAUUAAAUACUUGGGCCAUCUAUUAGAUGGAAAAGGGUUACGUCCAGAUCCGGACAAGAUUAAGGCCAUUUUAAAAUUGCUGCCCCCUACUGAUGUGCCGGGAGUGCGGUCAUUCCUAGGAGCCAUAAAUUUUUACGGCAAAUUUGUCCAUAAUAUGCGAAUGCUGCGACAUCCUCUUGAUGAUUUGCUCAAGGAAGGAAAAGUUUUUUGCUGGACGCCACAAUGUCAGCAUGCCUUUGAGCAAUUCAAGAAGAUUUUAUCUUCAGAUUUGUUAUUAACGCAUUAUAACCCACGGCUCGACAUAAUUGUUUCGGCAGACGCUUCAUCGAUUGGAUUAGGAGCUACUAUAUCGCAUAGGUGGCCGGAUGGAAAGAUAAAAGUAGUCCAACACGCAUCGCGAGCACUUACAGCAGCUGAGCAGCGUUAUAGCCAACCUGAUCGUGAAGGGCUAGCGAUUAUUUUUGCCGUCACUAAAUUUCACCGUAUGCUGUUUGGACGACAUUUUCUUCUACAAACAGACCAUCAACCAUUGCUCCGAAUCUUUGGUUCGAAAAAGGGUAUACCUGUAUAUACCGCAAACCGUCUACAGCGUUUCGCUUUGACAUUACUGCUUUAUGAUUUUGAAAUAGAGUACGUACCAACUGAGAAGUUCGGAAAUGCAGAUGUGCUAUCCCGGUUGAUGGAUAAACAUGAAAAACCGGAACAAGAUUUUAUAAUUGCCAGUAUUGAACUAGAUAAUGAUGUCGGAGCCCUUGUGAAAAAUGCAGCGAAGAGUUUACCGCUGGCAUUUGAACAUGUAGCGCGCGAGUCGCAUAACGACCCUUUGCUUCAGGUCGUGUAUAACUACAUACAAAGUGGGUGGCCAAAGAAUAUAGAUAAUGCGGAAUUGAAAUACUUCUACGCGAGACGAGAGUCCCUUUCAACAAUUGAGAAUUGUAUUUGUUUUGGAGAGCGGUUAGUGAUUCCUGCGUCGCAGCGUCGGCGGGUGCUAGAAAUGAUUCACCGUGGUCAUCCAGGAAUCGAUCGUAUGAAAGCUAUAGCACGAAGUUAUGUUUAUUGGCCAUUGAUAGACGCGGAUGUUGAGAAACUUGUAAAGUUAUGCAAAUCGUGUGCUUUAGCAGCUAAAUCGCCAAUUCAUAGCUCUCCAAUAUCAUGGCCGAAAACUGAUGCACCAUGGCAGCGUGUUCAUAUAGAUUACGCUGGACCUAUAGAUGGUGUCUACUUUCUUCUGGUGAUUGAUUCCUUUUCUAAGUGGCCUGAAAUUAUUUCGACUUCAAGUAUAUCCGCUAAUGCAACCGUCACUAUGUUGAGAGGAUUGUGUGUUAGAUUUGGCAUGCCUAACACGAUAGUGAGCGACAAUGGUAGGCAGUUUACCAGUGCAAUUUUUGCCGAUUUUUGCAACACUAAUGGAAUCGAGCAUAUGGGCAAUGGGCAAGCAGAAAGGUUUGUUGAUUCCUUUAAAAGAGCGCUCAAAAAGAUAAAGGUGGGGAAGGUGUCAUUACAGGAAGCCUUAGAUACGUUUCUCCUGACCUACAGAAGUACACCGAACAAGCAGCUAGAAGGAAUGCGUACUCCAGCAGAGGUCAUGUUUGAACGAAAAAUCCGUACUUGCUUGGAACUGCUGCGUCCCCCAGUACAAGUUGAAUCAACGAGCAGGCAGAUGCCACCCAGAAAGUUCCACGUUGGUGAAACGGUUUAUGCUAAGGAGUACCGUAAUAAUUCCUGGAGUUGGAUUCCUGGUGAGAUCACCAAACGGCGUGGAAACGUAAUGUAUGAAGUACAGAACGCAGCCGGAAAGAAGUGGCGUUCACACAUCAACCAGCUACGACCACGAUUGAAUAUCGGUACACAUACUGUCCAACCAGACGCUACGGAAACUUCAAUGGCUUUGAACAUUUUAUUGGAUGAAUGUCGAAGCACUGCUAGUGACAGCUUUACCUCGGCGGUGUUACCUCCUGGGAUUUCUGUGCCAUCGUCAUCGUCAUCGUCUUUAAUGUCAGCGUCUUCGUCAUCGUCGUAUUCGUCUUCGACGUCGUCUCCAUCGUCUUCAUCGUCAUCCCCGUCACUGUUACCUUUCAUGUUACCGAAAAAGGGUAUACCUGUAUAUACCGCAAACCGUCUACAGCGUUUCGCUUUGACAUUACUGCUUUAUGAUUUUGAAAUAGAGUACGUACCAACUGAGAAGUUCGGAAAUGCAGAUGUGCUAUCCCGGUUGAUGGAUAAACAUGAAAAACCGGAACAAGAUUUUAUAAUUGCCAGUAUUGAACUAGAUAAUGAUGUCGGAGCCCUUGUGAAAAAUGCAGCGAAGAGUUUACCGCUGGCAUUUGAACAUGUAGCGCGCGAGUCGCAUAACGACCCUUUGCUUCAGGUCGUGUAUAACUACAUACAAAGUGGGUGGCCAAAGAAUAUAGAUAAUGCGGAAUUGAAAUACUUCUACGCGAGACGAGAGUCCCUUUCAACAAUUGAGAAUUGUAUUUGUUUUGGAGAGCGGUUAGUGAUUCCUGCGUCGCAGCGUCGGCGGGUGCUAGAAAUGAUUCACCGUGGUCAUCCAGGAAUCGAUCGUAUGAAAGCUAUAGCACGAAGUUAUGUUUAUUGGCCAUUGAUAGACGCGGAUGUUGAGAAACUUGUAAAGUUAUGCAAAUCGUGUGCUUUAGCAGCUAAAUCGCCAAUUCAUAGCUCUCCAAUAUCAUGGCCGAAAACUGAUGCACCAUGGCAGCGUGUUCAUAUAGAUUACGCUGGACCUAUAGAUGGUGUCUACUUUCUUCUGGUGAUUGAUUCCUUUUCUAAAAGGCCUGAAAUUAUUUCGACUUCAAGUAUAUCCGCUAAUGCAACCGUCACUAUGUUGAGAGGAUUGUGUGUUAGAUUUGGCAUGCCUAACACGAUAGUGAGCGACAAUGGUAGGCAGUUUACCAGUGCAAUUUUUGCCGAUUUUUGCAACACUAAUGGAAUCGAGCAUAUGGGCAAUGGGCAAGCAGAAAGGUUUGUUGAUUCCUUUAAAAGAGCGCUCAAAAAGAUAAAGGUGGGGAAGGUGUCAUUACAGGAAGCCUUAGAUACGUUUCUCCUGACCUACAGAAGUACACCGAACAAGCAGCUAGAAGGAAUGCGUACUCCAGCAGAGGUCAUGUUUGAACGAAAAAUCCGUACUUGCUUGGAACUGCUGCGUCCCCCAGUACAAGUUGAAUCAACGAGCAGGCAGAUGCCACCCAGAAAGUUCCACGUUGGUGAAACGGUUUAUGCUAAGGAGUACCGUAAUAAUUCCUGGAGUUGGAUUCCUGGUGAGAUCACCAAACGGCGUGGAAACGUAAUGUAUGAAGUACAGAACGCAGCCGGAAAGAAGUGGCGUUCACACAUCAACCAGCUACGACCACGAUUGAAUAUCGGUACACAUACUGUCCAACCAGACGCUACGGAAACUUCAAUGGCUUUGAACAUUUUAUUGGAUGAAUGUCGAAGCACUGCUAGUGACAGCUUUACCUCGGCGGUGUUACCUCCUGGGAUUUCUGUGCCAUCGUCAUCGUCAUCGUCUUUAAUGUCAGCGUCUUCGUCAUCGUCGUAUUCGUCUUCGACGUCGUCUCCAUCGUCUUCAUCGUCAUCCCCGUCACUGUUACCUUUCAUGUUACCGAAAAAGGGUAUACCUGUAUAUACCGCAAACCGUCUACAGCGUUUCGCUUUGACAUUACUGCUUUAUGAUUUUGAAAUAGAGUACGUACCAACUGAGAAGUUCGGAAAUGCAGAUGUGCUAUCCCGGUUGAUGGAUAAACAUGAAAAACCGGAACAAGAUUUUAUAAUUGCCAGUAUUGAACUAGAUAAUGAUGUCGGAGCCCUUGUGAAAAAUGCAGCGAAGAGUUUACCGCUGGCAUUUGAACAUGUAGCGCGCGAGUCGCAUAACGACCCUUUGCUUCAGGUCGUGUAUAACUACAUACAAAGUGGGUGGCCAAAGAAUAUAGAUAAUGCGGAAUUGAAAUACUUCUACGCGAGACGAGAGUCCCUUUCAACAAUUGAGAAUUGUAUUUGUUUUGGAGAGCGGUUAGUGAUUCCUGCGUCGCAGCGUCGGCGGGUGCUAGAAAUGAUUCACCGUGGUCAUCCAGGAAUCGAUCGUAUGAAAGCUAUAGCACGAAGUUAUGUUUAUUGGCCAUUGAUAGACGCGGAUGUUGAGAAACUUGUAAAGUUAUGCAAAUCGUGUGCUUUAGCAGCUAAAUCGCCAAUUCAUAGCUCUCCAAUAUCAUGGCCGAAAACUGAUGCACCAUGGCAGCGUGUUCAUAUAGAUUACGCUGGACCUAUAGAUGGUGUCUACUUUCUUCUGGUGAUUGAUUCCUUUUCUAAGUGGCCUGAAAUUAUUUCGACUUCAAGUAUAUCCGCUAAUGCAACCGUCACUAUGUUGAGAGGAUUGUGUGUUAGAUUUGGCAUGCCUAACACGAUAGUGAGCGACAAUGGUAGGCAGUUUACCAGUGCAAUUUUUGCCGAUUUUUGCAACACUAAUGGAAUCGAGCAUAUGGGCAAUGGGCAAGCAGAAAGGUUUGUUGAUUCCUUUAAAAGAGCGCUCAAAAAGAUAAAGGUGGGGAAGGUGUCAUUACAGGAAGCCUUAGAUACGUUUCUCCUGACCUACAGAAGUACACCGAACAAGCAGCUAGAAGGAAUGCGUACUCCAGCAGAGGUCAUGUUUGAACGAAAAAUCCGUACUUGCUUGGAACUGCUGCGUCCCCCAGUACAAGUUGAAUCAACGAGCAGGCAGAUGCCACCCAGAAAGUUCCACGUUGGUGAAACGGUUUAUGCUAAGGAGUACCGUAAUAAUUCCUGGAGUUGGAUUCCUGGUGAGAUCACCAAACGGCGUGGAAACGUAAUGUAUGAAGUACAGAACGCAGCCGGAAAGAAGUGGCGUUCACACAUCAACCAGCUACGACCACGAUUGAAUAUCGGUACACAUACUGUCCAACCAGACGCUACGGAAACUUCAAUGGCUUUGAACAUUUUAUUGGAUGAAUGUCGAAGCACUGCUAGUGACAGCUUUACCUCGGCGGUGUUACCUCCUGGGAUUUCUGUGCCAUCUUCAUCGUCAUCGUCUUUAAUGUCAGCGUCUUCGUCAUCGUCGUAUUCGUCUUCGACGUCGUCUCCAUCGUCUUCAUCGUCAUCCCCGUCACUGUUACCUUUCAUGUCUGAAUCGUCUCCGUCCCUUUUGUUAUCGUCAAAUAAUACGGAUGUUCUAAGUUCUCCAGAUUUCGCUACAGCUGACAGUGCAUCAUCGCCUUCACCGGUGCAGCCCCUACGUCGUUCUACGCGUGUUCGAAGAUCGCCACAGUGGAUGCGGUCGUACCAGAGAAAUUGAAGAGGAGGGAUGUUGGGAGCCACCCUGUACAAGCCUUGACAGAGUUCGUCAUGCGCCCGAUGUUAGGCGACCGUAUGCGUGAAAGCACGAUCGACGCUCUUCGGGAUAGAGAGAUCGCUCUCUUCUCUCCCGACCGGCUAAGGCAAAGGACGUAUCGUUUAGUCCGUGUGUAAAAUAUUACAUUAUAUUAAUAAAAGUUAUUG